GAUAAAGUGGAAAUACACACGUUCAUUAUCACAGAGAGGAUCAAGGAAAGCCUGGAAACAACUAGUCACAAUCAUCUCUGUGACUUUACAGCAGAUUCAAGUCCAGAUAUUAAGAUGAGCACAGAGCAUGUGGAGGCAGCAGAAACUCAGAAUGAACGAGCUGACAUUGAACAAAAUGGAAUUGAUUUCACCAGACAAAUCAAAACAGAGGACCUGAAUGAUUCUCCUCAUUCAGCUGUAUCACACAAGACAUGCCACCUGACGCAAGGCUCCUACCUGCCUGGGGGGUCACUUGCUGGAGACGUCCACUCUCUACAUAGUCUUCCACAGCUGGUUUUGAUGCCGGGCUCUCAUCUCUCCUCGCCCCCUUCCUUCCUCCUCUCUCAGCCUCAGUCUUCACAUCAGGCACUGCUGCAGCCCAACCUGCUGUCCUUACCGUCCCAGUCCCAGGCAGGCCUGCUGCCCCACCAGCCUGGCCUCGCACUCACUCCUCAGGGCAUGAGUCGCGCAGGCCUGGCGGGGCCGGCAGUAGAUGGCCACCUCGAGAUGUCUCACCUGCAGGUCCCCAAGCACACGCACGUGGGCCCUUCGCCGCAGGAUGAACCCAAUGACCUUGAGGAGCUGGAGCAGUUUGCCAAGUCCUUCAAGCAGAGGAGGAUCAAACUGGGCUUCACGCAGGGUGACGUGGGGCUGGCCAUGGGGAAACUGUAUGGGAAUGACUUCAGCCAGACCACCAUCUCACGCUUCGAGGCGCUCAACCUGAGCUUCAAAAACAUGUGCAAGCUGAAGCCGCUGCUGGAGAAGUGGCUGAGUGAUGCAGAGAACUCCCCCUCCGACUCCAUCCCCAACCCCAGCACGCUGCCCCAGCUCAUGGAGGGCUACGGGAGGAAGAGGAAAAAGAGGACAAGUAUCGAGACCAACAUCAAACUCACCCUGGAGAAGCGCUUUUUAGAUAACCCUAAGCCUAACUCUGAGGAGAUUUCACUGAUCUCCGAGCAGCUGUCCAUGGAGAAGGAGGUGGUGCGUGUCUGGUUCUGCAACCGCCGGCAGAAAGAGAAGAGAAUUUACCUCCCAGUGUCCACCUCACCCAUAAAACCACACAACUUCAACUCUAGAGUGCCCACCACUUCCCGCCCUUACAGUCCUCUAGCAACAGGGGGAGUUUCCUCAAGCUCGUCUCCUGGCAGCCCGGGCCGUGGGUCGUCUCCGAGCGGCCUCUCAUCUGCGUCCAACCCUCUGACCUCUCAGGGGGUCAAUCAGUCCUUCAGCUCUGCAGGGCCCUGGUAUCGUUCGUGGAGUCAUGCAUCUUAUCAUCACUAAAAGAUCAAGCCAGCUGGACCUUUUGGAACUUGUGGAUCAGGUCCUGUCAUCGUACAUGGAGGCCUUUGCGUUGUUUCACUGCAGUCAAAUGGAUUUUGGCGAUGCAUUUUAAAUCUCAAUCAUGAAGACCUUUGUUCACUGAAGUCAAAUGGAUUUUGACAAUGGGGUUUGCAGGGACCACCCUCAGCUCUCCACUCAUUGGAAAGUCUCCUGUUUCCUCUUCUGCGCAGUAGGCCUAUAUUGUGUGGUAAAACAAUGUGCCACGUAAACAAGUUUGAGUUCAACAUCAGCAUUAUGUCAUUUAAUAGAACCAAUUCCUCAAGGACAUUUGGUGUCUUGCCAACCGAGAAGAGGACAGAAGAAUGAGCAACCCCUUUGGGAAGAAAUGUAAAUAUAUAGCUGCAUUGGAGGUCCGUUGACACCAGUGUGUUUACAUUAUAUUUUUUGCUGUUUGUUUAUGUUCCUGCUCCUGUGCUUGUUUGUCAGGGGUAAAUAGACCCCAUACAUUGCAGACACAUAUUUGUGUAUAUAUUUAUGCCAAAUAGAUGUGGACAUACUAACAUGUGGAGGAAUGUGCUAUAUCUAAGAAGUAGACAUAACAUUUCCUGAAAUUAAAAUGUGCUCUCAUAAGAAAAUCCACAUGUAGCACAAGAUGUAAUUCAUUUAAAUGACUAUAUCGUAAUGCCUGAUUUCAGCAGAAUAUUUGACACAUAUUUGAGGUUUGCUUAUCAUGUUUCCAGUAUAAUGAAACUGCUCCAUAGCCACACACACAACAUGUCUGUCCAAUGUCUGCAAUUACAAUUAUUCCUCUACUGUCCUCUCUCCACUGUUAGCAUGUUAGCCACUCCAGGUGAAUUGUAAUGAGAGCAACAGAUAUAGGAUUUAAAAUAUUUACAUCAGAUGAAGGAAAACAAGAUAUAGAUGGCAGGACUUUUAAAACUGGAGAAAAUGAGCAAUGGUAGAGCAAUGUGCCACCAAUAAAAAAUAAAUGUUUUUUUUAUAUAUUUAUUUCAUUUUUUGCUUGUGGUUUUAAAUCCAGAGAGAAAAUGUUGAUAGUAAAUUGGGCCUCAAAAGAGGUUGAGGAGAGUGAAUGUUAGUACAUUUGCAACGGACAUAUAUGGAAUUUCCAUUCAAUAAACUGUCCUCUUUUCAUUGUUUGUAAAGAAAUGCUGUAUAGGCUACUACGCCAUUGAUGUUGCAUGAAAUGAGUGAAAAUGCUUAC